AUGUCGUUCACUCGCUUCCCCCGCAUUACCCUGUCGGCUCGACAGUUCUCCACCUCCAUCUCCCGUCAACAGGGGUCUCAGAAAUCUCCUAUGGAGCUCUUACGCGGCCAUCUCGACCAAAAAGUCGCCCAGUCUGGCACUGCUGGGCCGUCGAGUGCAUCUUCAGUACUGGGAGAGGACAGAAAAGUGUUCAAGAAGAAUGAGUUCCUUCGACCUCAAGCGUUUACCGCCGAAUCUCUUUCUCCUGAACCCAGACCCCGCGCCCGCUCCCCCCUUCUCGGUCCCCCCAAAAAGAUAGCUGCCAAGCUUGAUCCCUUCCACAUCACCAAGACCAACCCUCUGUCACACGAUCUCAACCCCCACUACGCGUACGAGUUUGUCAAUGCCAUGGGCAAGAUCAGGAGUCGGGCGGAAACAGGGUUGACUUGGAAGUCGCAGAGGAGAGUAGGAAAGCUUGUGAGGAGAGCGAGAGCGAUGGGGCUUAUUAGCAGAUGGGUCAAUCGGCCAGUGCCCGGAGGGAUGGGGAGCGUCAACAGGCCGUACUAG